AUGUACGUAAAGACCCACUUUCGAAAGGUUGAUAACCUUUUACAAAGGAAUUUAAUAAAAGCUAGAAUAAAAGAAGUUAAGCGUUCCAUACUUUCUCCCAAACCACUAUCCUCAAUACAAUAUUAUACUGGUCAUGGUCGUGGUUACGUUACAGAAGUGACAGGAACGGCGGAAACAACUCCGAAAUCAGCAGUAAAUAAAAAAGAAGUCAACUACACUAUUGAUAAAUAUCCUCAGUUCAAAAGAAAUCCGAAUUUCAAAGAGUUAUCAACUGGCGAUAUUGAUUUUUUCAAAUCGAUUCUUUCUCCAAGCGGAAUUCUCCUCGAUGACAAUGGAAAGAAUACCGAUGAUUUGUUACCGUAUAAUAUUGAUUGGAUGCGCAAAUAUCGUGGCAAGUCACGUCUUGUUGUUAAACCGAAGUCCACCGAGGAGGUUGCAGCUAUAUUGAAAUAUUGUAACGAGAACAGAUUGGCUGUUGUUCCGCAAGGCGGAAAUACUGGUCUUGUUGGUGGCUCAGUUCCAGUCUUUGAUGAGAUAAUACUGAGCACUAAGAAUUUAAAUAAGAUUAGAGAUUUUGAUCCCAUAUCAGGAGUUCUUACAUGUGACGCGGGAUGUAUUCUUGAAGUACUUGAUAAUUAUGCUGCUGAGCGUGGGUAUAUGAUGCCUUUAGAUUUGGGUGCAAAGGGCAGUUGUCAUAUUGGCGGAAAUGUUGCCACAAAUGCAGGCGGACUUAGAUUUUUACGGUAUGGAUCACUUCAUGGCUCAAUAUUAGGCUUGGAAGUGGUGCUUCCAGAUGGAACAAUUCUACAUAAUUUAUCUGGUCUUCGUAAAGAUAAUACUGGCAAGUGUGAUAUGAUCUUAAACAAUUAUUUAUUGGCUCGGAAGGCGGUUAAUGUCGCUAUAUUUGGACUGAACUCCUUCCAACAAGUGCAAGACAUGUUCAUAAAAUCUAAAGAAUAUUUAGUGGAGAUUUUGUCCGCUUUCGAAUUUUGGGAUCUAGAAUCACUUAAUCUUUUAAAACGUCAUUCUCCUAAGAAAUUCCCAAUCGAAGGCGAAUAUCAAUUUUACGUUUUGGUUGAGACGCAUGGAUCGAACAAGGAGCAUGAUGAUAAGAAACUUGAAAAAUUCUUUGAAGACAUGUUAGAAACAAAAGUAAUCCAAGACGGAGUUCUAGCACAAGAUAUCACCCAAAUCAAAGAUCUCUGGUCUUUUCGCGAAAAUAUCCCAGAAGCAAUCAGCAAGGCAGGCGCAAUGUACAAGUACGAUAUAUCGAUGCCUGUCCCGGUUCUAUAUCAGAUGGUGGAAGACAUGAAAAAUCGGUUGGUGGAGGCAAAUAUGCUGGGUGAGAAUAAGCCGGUCACCAAUGUUAUUGGAUUUGGUCAUGUUGGAGAUGGGAAUUUACAUUUGAAUAUUACGGCCACUCAUUAUGAUCCGAAAAUAACCGAGUUGAUUGAGCCUUACGUGUAUGAGUGGACAGAACAUGGACUUGGCUUGAUGAAACCCAAUUAUAUUGGAUACUCGAAAUCACCACAAAUGAUUAAUUUAAUGAAAACAUUUAAGCAAAGUUUAGAUCCAUUAGGCAUAAUGAAUCCAUACAAGCUCUUACCUCCACAAUAA